GUUGCCGAGUGACAAACGUGACUGAAGCGGGAUCACGUAAUUUACCCGAAAACACACCAAGGUGGUAUUUAACUGUCAAGACAGUUAUGAACUCCCCCUGCAAGCCUCCGCCUCAUCCAUUAACAGUAUAUAGCGGGACAAGCUAUCCCUUACUUUUUAGCGUGAGAAAUACAAGGUGUGGCGUGAGAGCGUGUGAACUGGUUGAAAUGCGUGAGACUUGAGAGCCCUGAUUUUUGUACGACUAAAGACAGAAAAACAUGAACAUCUUGGAUGACAAGGGGGCUGUAAGAAUUUUGGCACGGAGUCACGCAGGUCUUGCAUGAGCAAAGCAGGAAGCGACACUGGAUCGACUGGACUGAGAGAUUCAUGUUUUCAUAGUGCCGAAACUACACGAGUAGGCUGUUUGUUUGGGGCGUUGAAGAAAACACGUGGGAGAAAUAUACAUAUAUAUAGAGGCGUCUGAGAGCAUGGAGCGGCGCUUUUAAACUGUCCUUCACGGAGAUGGCAAACGAAGAGGCAGCCUGUAAAGUCUACGCAGUUUUAAUGGAGCCCGAGACCGUGAACCGUCUGAUGAUAAAGUAUCACUCACUGCGGCGACAAGUGUGCUUCAUCCAGUCCGUCAGCGUGUUCUUCUGCUUCAGCUGCUGCCUGUUCACGCUACUCUUUCACGCGUUCCCGCCGUCCUGCAAGGAGAACAGAACCAAUGAGGCACCUAACAUUGAAAAACAGUAUCAAACGAAAGAUUUUUUCCUGACCCAAAGAGACACAUCUUUCACUCGUCUGACAGUUAAAAACGGUGCCAGUCUGCCUGAAAAAGGAUAUGUGCCAUGGAUGCCUACACCAGAGUAUCCGUCAUCAAAGCCUAUCAAGCCCUACUUCAUCUUGGAUGCCGAUAAUGAAUCUCUGAAAGUCCUUCAAAGUGGAACGUAUAAACUUUUUCUGCAGAUUACAUACAGAAAUUUCAGCCAAAAGCUGGAAAAGGAAGUAUUUUUGCAGCAUGAAAUUCAUCAUUUUACUGACAAGUAUAAGAAAGACGUGCCCCUGCCUUCACCCCUGCUGACCUACUGUGAAACAGUGAACUUGAAAGACUGGAGGAAAACCAUGUUCUCUGAAGGUAUUUUUGUUCUUGAAUCUGGGGAUAGACUGAAGGUGUGGUCCAACAAUCUGAACCUCGUUGAUGUUGGAGAUAAAUUUGUGGAAAAAACUGUCUUUGUGGGACACCCUCAUUUUUCCACAUGAGGAUACGGCGAUGAUCACAGAAGACCAUUUCUUCUGUAACUUUGCGUAAAGAUCAAAGGGGCUGCCUUGAAGUAUCAUAUUUGUGCUAUGUCAAUAGCAGAGCCAUGUGCUGUACAGAAGAAAACCCUGAUAAAAAAAAUACUGUGGUACUGUGGUAAAAAUGUCAAUUGGUAAUACCAGGGUACUUUGAUAUAUACUAUGGUACUGAAAUUCACUGCCUCUAAGGCGAUUUAAAGAAUAUCAUAGUGCUACCAUGGUUCGUGUUAAACAACAUGCUAAUACCAUAGUAUUUUUGGUAUUUUGUAUUAAAAAAAACAGCUGGGGACAAAACAGGCAUUGGCUUGGGUUUUUAAAAGCUAAAUUUUUUAGCACUACAACUCAGUACAAAAAUAAACUGUUGUAUGCAUACACUUAAUAUAUACUGUAAAUAUUUAUGCUAUUGUAAUCAUAUGAUAUGCUUUUCUAUGUUAUUACUGUCUGAUUAAGGAUUUGGGCUGUUUACUGGUUCAGUAAAUUUACAAUGUGACAAGAAUGAUGAAUACCCUCACUGUAUUUGUUGAGUCAACUUAAAAUAUUUUGUUACUCUGCUGCCCUAAAAGUUUAAGUUCAGUCAACUUAAAAUAAGUUUAGUCAACUUGAAAUGUUAAGUUGUACUAAGUGACAACUUAGAUAUUUGAGUUCAUUCAACUUAAAAUGUUAAGACUUACGUUUAACAAACCAAAUUUUUUGUUUAGUGAACUCAAGUAUCUAAGUUGUCACUUAGUACAACUUAACAUUUCAAGUUGACUAAACUUAUUUGAGAUUACUGAACUUAAAAAUUUAGGGCAGCAAGGUAACAAAUUAUUUUAAGAUGACUCAACAAAUAGUGUUUUUUUUGUGCUUUACGGUGCUGGAGAGCUCUGUUCCCUAGUGUUUUUUUUUUUUUUUUUUUUGAGGUGCAUCAUGGGUGCUGUUAUGGGAAGCAGUAGGCUGUAAGUUACUUUGUAUUAAAAGGGUUUGAAAUCACCAAAUAUGAUCCCCGUAAUGAUUUGCAUGAAAUUUUAUGUAUUUGAAUAUAUCUUUUAUGUAUUUGAAUAUAUCUUAUUAUCAUAAUGACAUUAUUUCGUUGACCAUGAAGAAUCAAUAAAUACUACAUAAAGCUG